UUAACUACCACUCAGUUUAGUCGCUUAAACUGAAAAUCCACUACUAGUGUUUAAAAUAAAUCUAUUAAUUUUAAGGAUUUAUUAUUAAUUUUAAAAAAAAUAUAUAUAAAAAUACAAAUAAAAUCAAUUAAAAUGAGGCAAUUUGUAGUGUGUGCCAUCGUUGCCGCUUUGUGUAUUGCCAACGCAAGCGCUGCUUACCAAUGUCCCAAACCCAAUGGACAAUUCGAACAUGAAAUUCAAUGUGAUAAAUACUAUGAAUGUGAUGAUGGUGUUGCCAAAGAGAAAUUAUGUCCCGAUGGUUUGGUAUUCGAUCCCUUGAACCGCAAGCUCAACAAAUGUGAUCAACCCUUCAAUGUAGACUGUGGUGAUCGUGUUGAAUUACAGGAACCUAAAUCCAGCAAAUUCUGCCCACGUAAACAUGGUUUCUUUGCCCAUCCCGAUGAAAGUGUCUGCAACAUUUUCUACAAUUGCAUUGAUGGUGAUGCCAUCGAAAUGAAAUGUACUGUUGGCUUGCACUUCGAUGAAUACAGCGGUACCUGUGUAUGGCCCGAUACUGCUAAACGUGAAAACUGUGGUGCUGUCAUAAAGAAAUCUUCCAGCGGUUUUGAAUGCCCCAAGGACCAAGCCAAGACCGAUAAACGCGGCCAAGUUGUCACUCAUCCCAGAUAUCCCCAUCCCACCGAUUGCCAAAAGUUCUACGUUUGCUUGAACGGUGAAGAUCCCCGUGAUUUGGGCUGUCAAACCGGUGAAGUUUACAAUGACGAAAGUGAAAUGUGCGAUGCUCCCGAAAAUGUUCCCGGUUGUGAAGACUGGUACAAGGAUGCUGAUGAUAAGAAAAACUAAGUGAUUUCUUUUCGAAAACAUUUACUCUCUUAUAGAAGAGUUUUAAGCUGUUUAAUUUUUUUUAAAACAAAUUCUAGUAGUCAUUUAGGUUAUUCCUAUAGUUUAUAAUGGUUGAACAAAACUGAAAACAUCCUUGUUCAACAUCUAUUCAAAACUCAUUUAGGUUGUUUUCAAUCUUCAAUUGAAAAUAUUUUAAUUAUAUGUACUUUUUUUAUAUAAUGUCAUAACUUCUUUUUUAAACGAAAUUCAAUCCUUUUAAUACUAUGGUUUGAAUUGUGCUCUGACUGAUUAAGAUGUUUUUGUAAAAGUCAAAGCUUGUGUAAACAUUUGUUUUGAAACUUUUGUAAAUAUUUAAAACAACAAAAAAUAUCAUUAAACUAUUUAAAAUUAACAUUCUAACUGUCUUUAUCUUUUCAUCUGCUUUACUUCCUUAAAAACUAUCUAAACUGAUCUCUAUUUUUAUUGGCUCUUUUUACACUUUAUACUAUAACUUUGAACUUCCCGGAGUUCUUCUUUAUUUAAAAAACUUUCUGCUAAAACUUUAAGUAUUUCAUUACUUUUCUUUUUAACUGUAAUUUUUGAUCUUUAUCUUUAAACUGUGUUCCUUUUUUCUUAUUCCGUUUCACUUUGUAUUUAACUAUUCUACUAUUUCCUCUUUUUGCUAUACUUUCUCUGUUUCUCUUAUAAACUUUUCUCUAUUCCUGCCUAAGUUGUCAUCUUUCCUUAACUUUACUUCAUAUUUUUUACUAGUUUCUUUAAAUUCUCUUUUCUUUAGAAUAUCCUUAAAUUAUUUUAACUAAUUUCAUAUUAAAUCUGAUAUUUAAUUGUUUAUUCUGAACUCUACUUUAAUCUGUUAUGAAAUCUUAAUUUUUUCACUAUCUUCUCUCUACUAUUUGAAACUUUAAACUAAAUUUUCAUUUACUCCAUUUCAUAUUAGAUCCGAUCUUAUUCGUCUAUUCAGAAAUCUUUUGUUUAAUUCUUCAUCUAUUUUUCUGUCUUACUUUCUUACUAUUUGAAAAUGUUUCAAUCUUUUGUUUUUACUCUAUUAAGAUUCUGACUUUCAUCUUACUUCUAUUCUAUAAACUAUUUCCUUUUAUAUCUUAAUUUUUUGAGAUCUAUCUCUUUUAUUCCUUCUUCUUUUAAUGUUUUCAUUUAUUAAAAUCUAUCUAGUUUUUCUUAAUGUCCUUUCGGACAACAUUUUUCUUAAAACUUUAUAUUUUACUUAUCCUACUUUCACAAAAAAAAAAAUGUUUCUUUUCAUAAUUUUAAAUUUCUAAAUUAUUGACACCAUUUCCUUCUCUGAAACUUCCUCUUUUAUUUUUAUUGAACUCUUCUACCUAUUUUUCCUUUCUAACUUUAUAUCUACUAUAUUUCUUCUUUAUCUAUAAUUGAAAUAUUUUCCUCACAGUCUCAAUAUUAUCCCAUCUAUACAAAUACAUAAGUUUAACUUAAUUUACAUAAAUACAUAGUUUUUUAAGAUACAAUUUUUUAAAUAAAAAAAAACAAAAUUUAAAUCAA